AUGAAGAAAGGCGAACCCCAUCGUAUCUAUCCUCAGUUCUCCAAGAAUGCUGCCCAGAAGGACGCUUCCCACGUCGCCUCACGUUUGAAGAAAAUCACCGUCGACACGCCAGCCGUCAGUUUCAAAAAGGGAGCCCAAAAGUUACGCGAUGUUGCGGAUAAAGUGGUUUUAGACCCUUCGGAAACGCAAGCUUUGCUGGAUGCUGCCCAGAAGAUGGACACUGAAAUGCAUAAUAUGGCUAAACAAAAUGAGGUUCUCAAUCAGCGGUUGGAGGAUUUGACCGCGCAGCUCGAAGAAUCUUCGAAGAAGAAAUCUGAAUUUGAACAGGCCUAUAAGGUCGCUGCCGAAGAGGCUCGACAAUAUCGCGCUUGUCGGGAAAGAAACGAGGUCCUCGAUGCGCAUGUCAAGGACUUGCAGGCCUCCUUGGAGUAUUUGCAGCAACUUAACCGGGCAAUGCAAGCGCGACACGUGGAAUUGGAAGAGAAGUGCAGGCAAGCAGACAGGACGAUCGAGGCAGAGAAGAACAGAAAUAAAGCCCUGGCCCACUCGAGGAGAAGAGCCCGCAGGCUACAUCGGAAAGGUCGGCCAAAAGUCGAUGACUCGGACUCUGAUGCUUCCCUGAUUAUCGAAGGUUGA